AAAACAGCUUUUGCUUUGGUCACUUGUACAAGGACAUUGCUUUUCAAAUYAAAGCAUGCAUUGUGCUCUUGACAAAACGCAGCUACAGUUUAAACAGCCUGACGUCACUGCAACUAUUGAAGUAGCAGGUUCCACUACACGAGCUUCCAUCCCACAGAUCGACGUGCCCUGUGGCUCCUUGAAAAGUGCAUCCUUGAAAAACGAUGAUUCCCUUAUGUCCAUCAUUCUCCUGAAGAAAAAAGAGCGAAAAAUCUAGAAAGAAGAUAUCUUGAACAAGAAAAAAGUGAAAACUUGGCAAAGAAGACUAUGAAGACUGCAAGAUUCCUUUUUGUUGUUGCUGCUCUUCUCAGCAUUGAAGCCAUCAACCUCACUAAUGGUUUUCCGUCUUUCUCCACGCUUCAAAGUAAUUACCCUUCCUACUCAACCUACGACUCAGAUACUGGAAUGGUUGACCAUGCGGGACUGAGGAAGUGGCUCUACUACAAAAACACGUGCGCGAUGCGCGUUAGCUACGCUAUGAUUCACUCAGGUCACUCUAUCAGCAUUUCAAGUGGUGAGUGUAACUGGUCUGGUGUCAGAGCUGCCCGCGCGAGUGGCUCCUACUACAACAAAAAGUACAUCAUACGCGUUGGAACCAUGCGUUGCUAUCUCGAAAAGACGAUUGGAGCAGCAACAACUGGGACUCAGAGCGAUUUCUCUGGACAUAAGGGAAUCAUCGUUUUCCAAGGAUGCAAUUUUCAAGUGGCCACAGGGCACGUCGAUCUGUGGGAUGGAAGCUCGUGUAGUGGAACCUGCUACUUCAACAGUUGCAACAACGUCAGGCUGUUUAAACUGUAGCUGCGUUUUAUCAAGAGCACAAUGCAUGCUGUAAUUUAUAUAAGGCAAUAUUCUUGUAUACGUGAACAAAGCCCAAACUUUUAAGAUA